AUACUCUUACUUUGAUUCUGCGACUUUCCUGCAGGUUCCUACCCUGAUGGCUCCCUUGUUUCAUUGCAGGAUGUUUCGCUCAGGACGAACGUGGAGCUGCCAUUGGAAAUGGAAGCCCAGUGCUCCUCUGUCCUUACUGCUCUUGUCUGUCAUGUGGAUCCCUCACCCAGUGUGGGGCUGUGCCAACUGCAGGGUUGUCCUAUCCCAUCCUUCUGGGACCUUUACUUCUCCGUGCUACCCUAACGACUACCCUAACAGCCAGGCUUGCAUGUGGACACUCCGAGCCCCCACCGGCUACAUCAUUCAGAUAACGUUCAAUGACUUCGACAUUGAAGAAGCUCCCAAUUGCAUUUAUGACUCAUUAUCCCUUGAUAAUGGAGAGAGCCAGACUAAAUUUUGUGGAGCAACUGCCAAAGGCCUAUCAUUUAACUCGAGUGCGAAUGAGAUGCAUGUGUCCUUUUCAAGUGACUUUAGCAUCCAGAAGAAAGGUUUCAACGCCAGCUACAUCAGAGUUGCUGUGUCCUUAAGGAAUCAAAAGGUCAUUUUACCACCAACACUAGAUGCUUACCAGGUAUCUGUUGCAAAAAGUGUAUCCAUUCCAGAGCUGAACGCUUUCACACUCUGCUUUGAGGCAACCAAAGCUGGCAAUGAAGACCAUGACUGGACAGCUUUCUCCUACUCAGAUGCAUCCUCCACACACUUACUCAGUUUUGGAAAGGCCCAAAGUGACUACUUUCUAUCUAUUUCUGACUCCAAAUGCCUGCUAAACAGCGUGCUAUCUGUCAAGGACAAAGAAGACAUUUUUACGGAAAGCUUCGAGCAGCUCUGUAUUGUUUGGAAUAAUUCUGUGGGCUCUGUUGGUGUAAAUUUCAAAAAAACCUAUGAAACUGUUCCAUGUGAUUCUACCAUUAGUAAAGUUAUUCCCGGGAAUGGGAAAUUGUUGUUGGGCUCCAAUCAAAAUGAAAUUGCCUCUCUGAAAGGGGACAUUUAUAACUUUCGACUUUGGAAUUUCACCAUGAAUUCCAAAAUCCUCUCUAACCUCAGCUGUAAUGUGAAGGGGAAUGUGGUCGAUUGGCAAAAUGACUUCUGGACUAUCCCAACCCUAGCUCUGAAGGCCGAAAGCAAUCUAAGUUGUGGUUCCUACUUGAUUCCACUCCCGGCAGCGGAACUAGCCAACUGUGCAGAUCUGGGGACCCUCUGUCAAGCUACUGUAAAUUCUCCUAGUACCACACCACCCACUAACAUGCCUGUUACUAAUAGAAUCGAUAUACAAACGGAUGAUGGAAUUAUCUAUAGAAUAUCCGUAGUGAUUCAAAACAUCCUUCGUCACUCUGAGGUAAAAGUACAGAGCAAGGUGGCCGAGUGGCUCAAUUCAACCUUUCAGAAUUGGAACUACACCGUUUAUGUGGUUAAUAUCAGUUUUCACCUGAGCACAGGAGAGGACAAGAUCAAAGUCAAGAGAAGCAUUGUGAAUGAUCAAAGGUUGGUGAUUUGGGCCCUUUUAGUUUACAACGCUACCAACAAUGCCAGUUUAGAAGGAAACACCAUUCAGCAGAAACUCUUAAAAAAUAACGAGUCCCUGGAUGAGGGCUUAAUGCUACAUAAAGUGAGUGUAAGGCAAGUAGUUUCAGUACCAACAUGUCCUUCGAAGGAGGAACCCAAAGGCUACCACUGGCCAUCCAUUACAGCUUCUGACUACUCCCUUCCCUGUAAAAACAAUCCUGCCUUUAUUGUUACACGGACAUGUUAUCAAAGCCCUAACAGCCCUUCUCUUGCCAUUUGGGGGCCCGUUGAUCUCUCCAACUGUUCAAAGGAAGCAAAUGAAGCUGCCAAUCAGAUUUUAAAUUUAACUACUGAUGGGAAGACCUUAACUUCAGCCAAUAUUACCAGUAUUGUAGAACAAGUCAAAAGAAUUGUGAAUAAUGAAGAAAACAUUGAUUUAACACUUGGUUCAACUCUAAUGAAUAUAUUUUCAAAUAUCUUAAGCAGUUCAGACAGUGACUUGCUUGAAUCUUCUUCUGAAGCUUUAAAAACAAUAGAUGAAUUGGCCUUCAAGAUAGACCUAACUGGCAAAGCACAUGUGAAUAUUACAACUCAGAACUUGGCUCUUGGAGUAUCACCCCUGACCUCUGGAACAAACGCAGCUUCAAAUUUUAGCAUUGGUUUUCCGAGCAAUAAUGAACCAUAUUUCCAGAUGGAUUUUAAGAGUGAACAAGUGGAUCCAUUGGCUUCUGUGAUCCUGCCUCCAAACUUACUUGAGAAUUUAAGCCAAGAAGUAUCUGUAUUAGUUAAAAGAGCACAGUUUACUUUCUUUAAUAAAACUGGUCUUUUCAAGAAUGUAGGGCACCAAAAUGGAACCUUAGUGAGUUAUGUGAUGGCCUGCAGUAUUGGAAACAUUACUAUCCAGGAUCUAAAGGAUCCUGUCCGAAUUACAAUCAAACAUACAAGCCCUCAGAAAAACAGUACUCCCAUCUGUGCCUUCUGGGAUCUGAACAAAAACGAGAGUUUUGGAGGAUGGAAUACAUCGGGAUGUACCGUACACAAUGAUUCCAAUGCGAGAGAGACCAUUUGCCUGUGUAACCAUUUCACACACUUUGGCAUUCUGAUGGAUCUUGAAAGAAAGAACCACACGGAUGCCCAAAACAUGAAAGCUCUCACGUUCAUCACCUAUAUUGGGUGUGGAUUAUCUGCAAUUUUUUCAGCAGCAACUCUCCUGACAUAUGUUGCUUUUGAGAAAUUGAGAAGGGAUUAUCCCUCCAAAAUCUUGAUGAAUCUGUGUACAGCCCUGCUGUUCCUGAAUCUCAUCUUCCUGCUGGACGGCUGGAUCGCCUCCUUUGGCAUGGAUGUACUUUGCACAGCCAUCGCUGCUCUGCUGCACUUCUUCCUUCUGGCGACCUUCACCUGGAUGGGGCUAGAAGCAAUCCACAUGUACAUUGCUCUAGUCAAAGUCUUCAAUACAUACAUUCGCCGCUAUAUUCUAAAAUUCUGCAUCGUUGGCUGGGGUUUGCCUGCCUUAGUGGUGGCGGUUGUCCUAGCGAGCAGACACCAAAAUGAAGUCUAUGGAAAAGGAAUUUAUGGAAAAGAAAAAGGUGAUGAAUUCUGUUGGAUUCAGGAUGCAGUCAUAUUUUAUGUGACCUCUGCUGGCUAUUUUGGAGUCAUGUUCUUUCUGAAUGUUGCCAUGUUCAUCGUGGUAAUGGUGCAGAUCUGUGGGAGAAAUGGCAAGAGAAGCAACCGGACCCUGCGAGAAGAGAUUUUGAGGAACUUACGCAGUGUGGUUAGCCUGACGUUUCUGCUGGGCAUGACAUGGGGUUUUGCCUUCUUUGCCUGGGGACCCUUAAAUAUCCCUUUCACAUACCUCUUCUCCAUCUUCAAUUCCUUACAAGGCUUAUUUAUAUUUAUCUUUCACUGUGCCAUGAAGGAGAAUGUUCAGAAACAGUGGAGGCGACAUCUCUGCUGUGGUCGAUUUCGGUUAGCAGACAACUCAGACUGGAGUAAGACAGCUACCAACAUCAUCAAGAAAAGUUCUGAUAACCUAGGAAAAUCUUUGUCUUCAAGCUCCAUUGGUUCCAACUCUACCUACCUUACGUCCAAAUCUAAAUCCAGCUCUACCACCUACUUCAAAAGGAAUAGCCAUGCGGACAAUGCUGCCAUGGACAAGCCCUUGUCAAAACUGGCCCAUGCUGAUGGAGAACAAACAUCAAUCAUCCCUGUCCAUCAGGUUAUUGAUAAGGUCAAGGGUUAUUGCAAUGCUCAUUCCGACAACUUCUAUAAAAACAUUAUCAUGUCAGACACCUUCAGCCACAGCACGAAGUUUUAAUGUCCUUAAGACAGAAAAAAAAAAAAAAGAAGAUCUGCAAGCAGUGAAAACUACGAUGAGCAGAUAUAAAUGUGCUAUUACCUAGGUAACUGCAUAUAUAUAUGAGGAAUGUAAUUUAAGAAGGCUUUAUGACAUUCAGAAUUUAUCUUUUCCACACACUUCUUCCAUGGACAGCUUUGCAUCAUCAAUAACCCUUCUGUAAUGAAAGGAAUGUUGACUCAAUAGCCAUGGGAAAAAUAAUUUUUUAAAUACAGAAUUGAAUGAUCUAAUCCAAACUCAAGGGGAGACAUUAAAGUUGGAGGCUAAGUGAGAAGCAAAGCUAAGGACACACCCUAGUUUAGAGCUCCUUUAUGCCCCACCUAAGAGUUAGUGCUUGAUGUAGCUAUUCCUCACAUCAUCUUCCUCAACAACAGAAAGCAUUCUCACAUUUCUAACUAUUUUGGUUGCCAGUGCUACUUCUAUGAAUGUGUUCAGCAUUUUCUCUUUUUGAGUGAAGUUUCAAUUACAAAUAGAAAAGAAAUAGAAAACAUGUUUAAUGUUGGACCCAAAGAUUUAAAAGGAUUUUUAAAAACAUUUAUAACAAAUGUUUAACCUUGAGGACCAUAACAUGUUUGACAAUCAGUGUUCCCAAAAUUAUGACCUAAUUAGUAUGACACAAUGUAAACUUACAGUAUUUCACUUAUUCUAUUAAAGCAUACGACUUACAUAACUUCAUUAAUUAUAAUUUGACCCCAUAUAUUUGAAUCUAAUUUAGUGCUAAUGUCACAUUAAUGCAGACCAUCCAGUAGACAUUCAAGAAGGAAUCUUCUAGAUCUCUGCUUUUACUCCUCUACUGUACAUUGAUCCCACAGGUUCAUUGGAAGGAAGUGGAUUUUCCAUCAGUCCGGUUGUGUACAACAGUCUUUCCCUUUUAGGAGACAACACUGUUGAGACCCCACAGUCCUGUCUCUGCUCUCCACUUAAGACAUUUCUUUCUACCUGCACAGAGUAAACCCUCUUUCUUCCCUUAUUAGGAGUUUGUUCCAAGGAAUAUAGACUAAGAUAUAUGGAUGGCUCUGGAUAAUCAGAGUCAUUUAUAAAUAUGUGGAUUACGAUUACUAACCCAAAAGCUAGUUGUACAUAAGUCUUCUGAUUAUAGUAUGUAAGAGCCUGAGGAGGUCUAGCAAAACAGUGUGUUAUUUAUGGAUCGCUAUGCUGCACACCAGUUCUGUUUUAUAUCAAACAACUUACCUAAAUCUCAGGCUAUCCUGAGUAAUGGCUUGCUAGCAAAGGCGUAGGAGACCACAUUUUAAUUGUUCUUAAAUGAUGGAGUCCAAUCCACUUUCUUAGAAACUGGCCUCCAUGCUUGCUGUACUCGACAUUUUCUCUGGGUUAGCUGGGAAAUACCAGGUUCUGAAAGGUAGCAAAACAAGUGAUGAAGAGAGGGAGAUAUUCUGGCAGAGCCAGUCUGCUUAAAGGCAGAGGCCAGACCUUCCCCUAGGUGCAGAGAGCAGGCAGUUCUCACGAGUGGGCUUUCAGCCUAAGCAGCAAAUCAAGGGGCCUCUCUCUUUUUUAUUUUUUUGCCGAGCUUCAGUCAUAAAGCUGUUUGCCAGUCUUGAACAGAGGAUGAAAUAAUGAGAUAGUGGGAUCUUAUCGCAAUUUUGUUUCACAGCAACUUAGAACACCAUCCUGGGAGACGUGCCCUUUUCUGAGUCUGGCUUUCAUAGGAAAGGGCUAUAUUUAGUAAAAAGGAACAGUAACUCUUGAGAUCACUAAGAUUCACUACAAUAAAAUCAAAUUCUUCUUAUUAUAUAUUAAUAGGCCACAUAGUCUGUCAGAGAUUACAUAUACAUGAAAAUUAUUCUUAAAAAUCACUGAUUACUGAUAAACUUCCCCUCCAAACCAUAGAUAUCCAUGCCGAUUGUACUUAGCUUUGGACUGUGAAAAUGCUCAUUAGAUAAUAGGAAUUAAGCUAUAGCUUUAAAAAUAACUUUGCUUUUCAUUUCUGCUCAUAUUCAUCUAGAUCUAAAAAACAACUAAUUGUUUUUUUCAUAUCAAUGUCAGCUCCACUUAGGAAUUUUUCAGUAACUGAGUGAGGCAAAAGGAAGAAACAACUGCAUAGAAACGUUUGCAAAUGAAUUUAAAAGAGUCAACCAAAUUCUACCUUUAGUUCUAGGCAUGUAUUCACUAGCUUCAUUUAGCUCCCUUAGAACAGAGAGUAGGAAUGUAAACAGAGAGCUAAAAUUUAGACUAGCUUACCUUUGAGAAUAAUUUCAAUUUAGACUUUCUGGAAUUUCUUUUCCUUUUUUUAAAAAAGCUGUGUUGUAAUAGAGUCUUAAUGUAGGUCCCUGAGAGAUUUUCUAUUCUUGCCACCAUGACUUCCUCUGUAAAGGUUUUCUUUGUCGAUUGUUGGCAGACUCUUUUGUACAUAUUUAUUUAUUUGUGUUUAUAAAUGUCAAUUCAUUUCCUACCCUAGCUUUAUAUUGCCUUGCUUUGUUGUUUUCAUUAACUUUCUAUUAGAGAGACUGUAUAUAUAUUUUUCUAAAUACUGUGUGAAAUAGUUUUCUAUAGCAAUACCUUUGAAUAUGAUGAAUAAAAGUGACUGUGAGUACAAAUUAGAAUUAGUAGUAAGAUGCUACUAGAACUGAUUUGCCAUUUUACUUAAAUGGAAAAUAUUUUUCAAAUAAAUACGUAUGUUGUUCAUGCUCCAA